CCUCCAGCCUGUGUCUCGCGCACUAAUGAUUACUGCGACACAGCGGGGAAAGGAGAGUGAAGCUGCCACAGGGGCUGGGGGCGAGUUGGGGCUGCGGGCGGGCGGAUAUCCCUGGAUUCGGAGUUUCCCUGGAAUUCUCCCCUGGUGGUUCCACGUCCUGUGCAUGAAGCACGGAAAAACUCUCAAUAACCCACAGAAGAAGUUCUAAGAGUAGCUCCCCAGAAUCCAUGGAUUCUCUCCUUUUCCUCUGUGCCCGCUGCGUCGUCUCCCAGCACCCUCUUCCCACCAUUCCUGCCCAUAUCUAUCCCGUCAUUUUCCAAGUGGCAUUCCUGGAUGGAAGACCCCUGGCCCUGCGGGACUUGGUGGCCACUUGGCAAUUCCCGGAGCUCCACUUGCAGCGGCUUCUGGGGCGCCGGGAACUGGACCUGGAUCAUGACUACAGGCCCUGUAUUGAGGCCAUCAUCCAGGGCGUGAUGGAGCAGCUUCAGCAGGAGCAGGAAGAGCCCGGCAGUGAUUCCAGGUGCCAGCUGCGCGUGUUGGACAUGACGGGAGUUCCAGAUAAUGCAUUCAGGUUGAGGUUGUCCCUCACCAAAGUUUUGGCCAAGGCUUAUUUUGAGAUGUCCACGUACCAGCAGGAAUUACAGAGGCACCAACGCAAGCGACGCAAAGGACGCUCUGGAGCCACCACGGCCACUCCACAGCUCCGGGGCGUGGACGUCCACACCGACCUGUGUGUCAAGAGAAAUUCCUACGAGAUCCUGCACAAAGCGAUCCAGACCAGAGCCGCCAGCCCGCUGCGCAUCAAGUGCCGCGAAUUCCAAGCACGGGAUCUCUCAGCAAAGGAGAUUGUGACUGUGUUGAAAUCUCUGGAUCCAUCCUCUCUGCGGAGGGUGGAUCUGUAUAUUAACAAGUUUGGAUUGAAAGAGCUCUCAGCGAUCAUGCCUCAUCUCUCACGUUUCCAAGAGCUUUGCAGCCUCAGGAUGCCAUGUUACGUGUCUGACCUGCACCACCGGACACCAGAAUCAGCCACGAGAAUCCGUGACAUAGCUGCACAGCUGGGAAUGCUGCCUGGCCUCAGGGAGCUCAACCUGGAAAUGCUCAAGGUCCCUGGGAAACUGCAGCAGUUCCUCUGCGAACUCCAGACUCCGUUAGAAAGCUUGGAAUUGCGCUACUCCUCCCUCGAUCCUGCCGAACUCGACUUCCUCUCCCGAAGCUUCCACGCUCCGGCCCUCAAAAGGUUGGAUCUGAGCGGCCACAACAUCUCCCGAGGCUUCCUGGAGCCACUCCAGCUGCUCCUGGAGAAAGCCUCGGCCUCGCUGCUGUACCUGGAUCUCUCGGAAUGCCACAUUGACGACUCCCACCUGUCCGUGCUGCUCCCGACGCUCCUGCGCUGCUCCCGUCUGCGCAUCCUGAGACUCUGCUACAAUCCCCUGUCCAUGGCCCCGCUGAAGGAUCUCCUCCAGAAAAUCUUGGAGCUGCCAAAUCUCCACCAGAUCUUCUAUCCCAUUCUUAAGGAGUGCGGCGGGCUGGAGCCAUCGGAUUUCAGGAUUAAUUUUGUCCCAGAUGAGGAGCGUUUGGCGGCAGCCAAGGCGGAGUUUUCCCAAAUCUUGGUGAAUUCUGGGAGAACCGACCUCAUCUGGACUCAUGAUCGCAAAGACCACAAAGCCAUGGACUACUUCUCCUUGUGAUUUCGGAAAACUCGGAAGUGCGAAAAGCUUGGAGCCUCCAUUAUGGGAAAACGCCACUGCCUGCUUCUUGAAAUCCGGGUGUUUUCUGCCUCAUUCCUGUUCUUUUCUCCCUCAUUCCAGUGUUUUUUUUCCUGCCAUUUCAGUGCUUUUCUGCCUGAUUUUGUUAGUUUUCCACCUCAUCCUGAUGUUUUUCUGCCCCAUUCGAAGAUCUUUCCCUGGUUCUGUAGCUUUUCUGCCGCAUUUUGAGCUUUCCCCUCGCCAUCCCAACUUAAUAAUGCAGAGAAAAUGCAGUCCAGGGAAUUUUUAGAGUGUGUGGAGGACAGCCUUUUGUCACAGCUGUUGGGAGAGCCCAGCAGCGAAGGGACUGUGUUACAUCAGUUGUUUGUAAAUAGAGAUGGGCUGGUGGGAGAUGUGGUGGUUGGAGGCUGCUUUGGCCACAGUGAUCAGGAAAUUACAGAGUUCUCGAUAUGUGGUGGAAAUCAGGAGGAACAUCAAUAACACUUUUACAUUGAAUUUCCAGAGGGCAAACUGGGAAACAGCCCUGAAAAACAAAGGAAUCCAGGAAAGGUGGGCAUGCUUCAAAAUAGAGAUUGUGAGGGCACAGGAACAGACUGUCCCUGUGUGCCCAAAGACGAGUUGACAAGGCAGAUGUCCUACCUGGAUCGGCAACGAGGUUUUGGAGGAACAUGGGAAUAAAAGGAGGAUGUAUCAACCUUGGAAGGAGGAUCAGGUCUCUCAGGCAGUAUUUAAGGGGGCUGCUAGACCAUAUAGGAAAAAAUGAGGGAGGCCAAAGCUCAGUUACAACUUUAAAUAGCGACUUCUCUAAAGGAUAAUAAAAAUUUUUUUUACAAAUACAUGCAUGGGAAAAGGAAGAGUAAGACCAACCUUUGUUCUUCAUGGGAUGAGGGAGGGAACUUAGUAACUGCAAAUGAGGAGAAGGUGGAAGUGCUUAAUGCCUUAUUAUCCUCAGUUUUUUGUGGGAAAACAACUUGCCUUGAGGACAUCUGUCCUCUAGAUAGGUUGGUUGGUGUCAGGGAGCAGAAUGGUCCCCCUGUUAUCCAGGAGGAGGCAGUCAGAGAACUGCUGAGCUGACUGGAUGUUCAUUAAUCUAUGGCACCUGUUGCCUCCAAGGAGGAGGCGUGGCGACCCAGUUCCAAGGACCGGACACAUCAGCUAACACCUUACAGGCCUGACGGGCCAAAUCACUCACAAACACCCAUGGGGUGGAUGGUGAAAUGCGUUUAUUAGCCGGUGGACACUGGCUUAAAUAACCGCGGAACACUGACGCAACUUCCUCUAGCUCACGAUUGGCUGACGUCAUGGAUGGCAUUGGCAAACCCUUCUGCUCUGGCUAGGGUUUCUAAUUUAGACUUUAGAGUUUGAUUAGCCCUCUCUACUAUAGCUUGCCCUGUACUGUUGUACACAAUGCCUUGUUUUAAAGUGAUGCCCCAUUUGGUGGCGAAUUCUUGGACCGGUGUGGAAAAGAAGUUUAUCCCAUUCUGUUUUUAUCUGUUUUGGGAUCCUGAGCCAGGCCAUAACUGUCAGCCAAUGUUGGAUAGUGGCUUUGGAGUUGGCUUUUGCGUGUUGCGUUGCGACAAUCAUGUUGCUGUAGGUGUCGACUGUUACAGCAAGCCACACUCUGGGCUUUAGCAGUUGGCAUAAAGUGAAAUCUGUCUGCCAGAUCUCUGAGGCCUUUAGGCCUCUGGGAUUGACGCCGCUUGACCAUAGAGGUGACUUUUGGCAGUGAGGACAGGUGGCUACUAUGUGCUUGGCGUCCAAUAUGGGGAUGUUGCAUUGUUUGGCGAGCACCUUCGCCCCUACGUGAAGCGAUUCGUGUAGUUGACGUGCUUCUUGCAGAGUCCAGAUGCCUUUCGCUGCUGCGUCAGCCUUGUCGUUGCCUAUCUGAUAGAACCCUUUAACUAGAUCGUGGCUGUUGACAUGCACCACCGACACGGUGCCUUGGCAGGAGUAGAGUGCCUCUUCGAUCAUUAUGGCAGCUGGUGAGGUGGAGACGCCUGGGUUGGACAUUGCUUGGCAGAGCUUCGUGACGAACAUGGAAUCUGUGAAGAUGUUGAGAUGUUCGGUUGGAAACAGGUCGCGUGCCAGCACCACUGCUGAGGCUUCUAGUAGUUGAACUGAUAAGGAUUCGUCCCUCUUUGUGACGCACUGCCAUUGGUCUUGCUCUUGCCCUACGACGGCUGCGGUGGAAGUUGUCGAGGACGCAUCGGUGAAUGCGGUUGGGCCUGGUAAGGGUCGAUUUCUGACCUUCGGUGGGAGAUCGAUGUCCACUGUGGUUAGUAGUUGAGUCCACGGGGGCUUCACAGCGUGACAAAGUUCUCCUGCGAAGCCGAACAAAGCCAGGGCAAGGCACUCUGAGACUGCCACAGACGAUGACGAGAUCUGCUUCCGAAAAGGCAAGUAUAUUUUUGCAGGUUCGAAACCCAUAUGGCUCAGGGCGAGUUUUCUGCCCUUCAUAAUUAG